GAGAGUAGGGUAUGCGGGACUCGGGCUCCGCAUGGUAAUUUUAGCAAAGCGACAUUGUUUGAAGUCGUCUAGAGUGAUUUUCAAUGAAAUUGGGAACAUUGUCUUAUCCCGAACUAUUCGUCGACGAUUAUUACGCACCAAUGGUAUGGUGCUAGGAAUGGUGGUUCAGACGGGUCCUUUCCUCAGGAAAGUUAACUUGGAAAAGGGAAAAACUAUAGCCCUUGAAAAUCGAUGCAGACCGAAAGGCGAAGGAAAGAUGUAUCCUUCGGAGUGACGAAAGAAAGAGUCAAUUUGUUUGGUAAUGACACGGUACGAAAUAUCGAAUUAGAAAAUCUCAAUAGUGCAACCGAUGAAAUCAAUAAAUUGGAAAUUGAGUUAGAGGAAGCAAAUUCUACGUUUCGUAUUCUAUUAAACGAGUCCACUAGACGUUUAAAAUUAUCUUCUAAGAAAUUGGGCAGUUGCAUAGAAAAGGCGCGACCCUAUUAUGAAGCGCUGGAGAAAGCCAGAGCGGCUCAGAUAGAAUGUCAAAAGGCGGCCGUAAAAUUCCGAACGGCCAAUGGAAUUCAUGCGGCUGCAAAAGAAAUGGUCACUGUAGCCGAGCAACGUUUUAUGUCCAAUUCACAUGAAUGGCAAUUCGAUAAUGCCUGGCAAGAAAUGUUAAAUCAUGCCACUCAAAAGGUUAUGGAUGCAGAAAAACAGAAAACGGAAUAUCAUGCUGAACAUCAACGUCGCACUCUUAUAUUUCAUGCAGCUGAACAAAAAGUACAACAGUUAGAGGAACGUUUUCGACGCAGUAUUAACAAAUCACGUCCAUACUUUGAAGAGAAACAAAUCUGUCAAGAUCAACUGCAGACACAAAAGAAUCGAAUAGAAGAACUGCAACAACAAGUGCAAGUGGCUAAGCAAACCUAUGCGACUGCGUUGCGUAAUCUCGAACGUAUUAGUGACGACAUUCAUCGUCAGCGCGGUGAUUAUCCUCAAUUGCUAAAUACUCCUCCGCCUGGACCUCGGGAGCCCGGUGUAGGCGCCGAACUGAAUUCACCCACAAUCACAGACAUGCCAUCCUUGCCCGACUUUCAAAUGGAAUUGGAAAAAUGUGGUUAUCCUUCCGUAACCAGCAGUCAAAUAUCAAUUAGCGGUCAUUCGCAAAAGUCCAGCGAGAUUGCCUCCUGCUCCAGCAGUUGUAAUGUUCAAACACACAAAAAUGCCCCCUUAGCUGUUUUAACAAAUAAUGAAGAUUCCGAAAAUGAUGAGGACGAUGUCGUCAUUAUAAAAUCGCAGCGUUGCCAUGAAUCUCCGGAAUAUUUACUGGAAGAGCAAACCAACGACUAUGCGGAAGGCGCUGAACUAUCAUCAGCUAUUGUCGACGAAAAAGACUUAGAAGCUUUAAGGCAAAAAGUGAAAUUCUUGGCUGUACGUCCUAUAGAGGGCGGCGAUGGUCAGCAAGAACAAAACGAUGUAUGGGAACACGAAUUAAAUGCUACCGUAGAUAAAUUGGAUCAUUUGCUGUUGUUAAAAGAAUGUGCCAAACAACAGCAACAAUUAAAGCAAAAUAAAUGUAGAGUCUCUUCCGUAAGACCGGAUUCAUUGGGAGCGGAGGCUAACAAUAAAGUUAAUACGAUUAAUAAUAGUCUACCCAUUACUCCCGAGCAUUUAGAGCAGCAACCUUUGAAAAAGUUACAAAAAAUAGAACCCUUGCCAACGGUUAACGUUUCCAUGCGAGAGUUGCCAUUGCUGGCGCGCUUAUCCAACGAAAUUUUAGAUCAACAAAGAAUUGGCGGUAAACAACGACGUCGUUCUUUAAAUUGAAUACAAACUAGAACAAAAACAAUAUCAAAAACACAAAGAAAAAAAAUUUAAAUUGAUAAUAAAGGGAACUCACUCACAAAAUUAAGUAGAAAUAAUAAUUUUUAAUGAAAAUGGGGCUUUAGGAAAACAUGAAAUCAAAGCUGGUUUUUGUAAAUCGUAUACUACAAAAGAGAAGAGCCCCUCAAAAAAUCUCAUAUAGUUUUAAGAUGAAAAAGCGAACUUAAACACAGAGCAUCAAAGAUCAAUUAUAAACAUUUUUUCAAAGUUCAAACACUCAUGCAUAGGCGCAUAACGCUCUAAGCAUAAGCACCCUCAUUAAGUAAUACUACUUCCGUAAUAAUUAUUAUUUAUCAAAUAUUUUUUAUAGUCUUCAUUUCUCCCCAUAUUUUCUCAUUAAACUACAUUACUUUUAUGUGAUAAAUUAUUGUAAAAGAAAAUUUAUUGAUAAUUAUUAAUAAUGAUGUACGUAUAUAUAUGUAUUAUAUUGCAUAACACGUGUGUAAGAGAGCUUAAAAGCUUUAAGUUUAAAUUCCUUUUUAAAAAAAGAAAAAUAAAAAACAUCUUAUAUAAAAAAAAAAAAAUAUAUAUAUAUAUAUAUAUCUAUAUAUAUAUAUACUGGAUUAGAACUUUUAUGUUUUGAUUAGAUUGUAAAAGCGAUCUACUAAAGCACGCAAAAGGCUAUAAAACAAAAAAUUGUAUUGAAAGAAACUAAAAUCAUGAUGUAUCAAGUGCAUGGAUUACUAUUUAAUUAAAACACACUUAUUAUGAUCAUAAAGUGAAAUAAAAUUAAAAAUAAAUUCAAAAUUAAAUCGAUUCACAUGUUUGAAAACAUCAUUACUGAUAGGGUGAUUUUAUAGCGACAAUUU